CCAGUAUACGGGCGGGAAGCCUCCGGGAGAACCCGGAUGGAAAGCCGGCGCGGCGCUGGCCGAGGUCCGAACGGGCGCUUAAUACCGCGGUCCGCAGGCUCCUUCUCUGGAAUCGGGCCUGAGUACCGCCGCCUAGACUAGUUCCGGCGCCCAGAGACAGGACCCCCCAGCCUGAGCGGAGAGCGAACUGGAGCCUGAAGCGGGCGCCUAAAAGAAGCCCGAGCAUCCUUUGGGCCUGCGCCUUUGGCUCGGAGAAGGGCGGGUGGAGACCGAGCGGAGUCUUCCUUCUUUGCCGCCGGCGCCCUUAGCUCGCCCGGGCCGCUUCCCGUCCUUAACAAUACACCAGCAGGUCCUACCAGUUACGAGCUGCAUGUUCUUUACAUGCAUGCUUAUAAUUAAACCUCCCAACAACCUGGUAAGCAAAAUUCUGCAGCAUCUCUGGAAUACUGCCUGAGGAUUUGGGGGUGCCAUGUCGAAGAAACGCAGAUGGGAUGAUGACUAUGUUCGUUACUGGUUCACCUGUACAACAGAGGUUGAUGGAACCCAACGCCCACAGUGUGUAUUGUGUAACUCAAUAUUUUCAAAUGCUGACCUCAGACCAUCAAAACUAUCUGACCAUUUUAACAGACAGCAUGGUGGUGUAGGUGGGCAUGAACUCAAUAGCCUGAAGCAUACACCCACAUCAUCUGAUCAGAGAGAAACCUUGAAAGCAUUUGGAGUUGUAUCUCAUGAGGAUACCUUAUUACAAGCAUCAUAUCAGUUUGCAUAUUUAUGUGCCAAGGAGAAGAAUCCUCAUACAAUAGCUGAAAAAUUAGUGAAACCUUGUGCAUUGGAAAUAGCACAAAUAGUCUUGGGGCCAGAUGCACAAAAGAAGCUUCAGCAGGUACCCUUAUCUGAUGAUGUGAUCCAUUCUAGAAUUGGUGAAAUGAGUCAGGAUAUCUUACAGCAAGUUCUAGAAGAUAUCAAAGCCAGUCCUCUGAAAGUGGGUAUUCAGCUUGCUGAGACAACUGCCAUGGAUGACUGCAGUCAGUUAAUGGCCUUUGUGCGAUACAUAAAAGAAAAAGAGAUCAUAGAAGAAUUCCUGUUCUGUGAACCUUUGCAGUUAACAAUGAAAGGAAAAGAUGUGUUCAGUAUCUUCAGAGACUUCUUUUUGAAGCAUAAGAUAGCACUUGAUGUAUGUGGCUCUGUUUGUACUGAUGGUGCCUCUUCCAUGCUAGGAGAAAAUUCAGAAUUCGUUGCUUGUGUGAAAAAAGAAGUACCUCAUGUCGUGAUCACACAUUGUUUAUUAAACCCUCAUGAACUGGUUACAAAGACAUUGCCUACAAAACUGAGGGAUGCUCUGUUUACUGUGGUGAGGGUAACAAAUUUCAUCAAGGGGCGAGCUCCAAAUCAUCGCCUAUUUCAGGCUUUUUUUGAAGAAAUUGGAAUAGAGUAUAGUGUCCUCCUUUUCCAUACUGAAAUGAGGUGGCUUUCCCGAGGCCAGAUACUUACUCAUAUUUUUGAAAUGUAUGAAGAAAUAAAUCAGUUUCUUCACCACCAAAGCAGUAAUUUAGUUGAUGGCUUUGAAAAUAAACAGUUUAAAAUUCACCUAGCAUACCUUGCAGAUUUAUUCAAACACCUAAAUGAACUUAGCGCAUCUAUGCAAAGGACUGGGAUGAAUACAGUAUCAGCUAGAGAGAAGCUUUCUGCUUUUGUUAGGAAAUUUCCAUUUUGGCUAAAGCGAAUUGAGAAAAAAAAUUUUACCAAUUUUCCUUUUCUUGAAGAAAUAAUUGUUUCAGAUGAUGAAGCUGUUGAAUCCAUUGCAGCUGAAAUACCACUGCAUCUGCAACAGUUAAGCAGCUUCUUCCAUGGGUAUUUUUCCAUUGGAGAUCUUGAUGAGGCAAGCAAAUGGAUUCUAGAUCCAUUUCUUUUCAAUCUGGAUUUUGUUGAUGAUGGUUAUUCAAUGAAAAAUGAUCUUGCUGAAUUACGAGCUAGUGGUCAAAUCCUAAUGGAAUUUGAGACAAUGAAGCUUGAGGAUUUCUGGUGUACCCAAUUCACAGUGUUUCCAAACCUGGCAACAACAGCUCUAGAAAUUCUUAUACCAUUUGCAACUACAUACCUUUGUGAGUUGGGAUUUUCAUCACUUUUACAUUUUAAAACAAAGUCCACAAGCUGCUUUAAUAUGAGUGAUGACAUUCGUGUGGCUAUUUCAAAAAAAGUUCCUCGUUUCUCAGACAUCAUUGAACAAAAGCUGCUACAGCAGAAGUCACUGUAAACUGAUACACUCUUAAUGUAUAAUUUAUUAUAUAUUCUUGAUCCCACUGUAAAAUUAAGCUAUAAUUUUGUCUCUUUCCUUUUAUAUUUAUGGUAUACCAAAUCCUAUCUUUAAAAUUUUUAACAUCUUUAACUUUUGUUACAUGAGGCAUGUGAAAAUAUGUUUUAAGAAGAACACAAGCAGAAAAGACUAAGUACUACCACCUACUUUGAUACAUAGGAUUCUUCCAAUUCUAAGUAUCUGUUAAACCUGUUGCUGUGAUACAUAAAAAAGACACCUACACAGUAGAAUAUCCAGCAGAAAGGUACAAUAGGCUAGGAAUGGAGUCAAGAGAAAAGAGAAGACCUCCCCGGACAUGCAUCUUCAUGUUAAGAGUCAAAGCCGAAGGACAGAAUGACAGGCUGAGUCCUCCCGUCUCGGUGAGGGUUGUUAUGGGAGGUGAAUGAAAUCAGAAGAGGAUUAUGAAAUGUUACAGUGGGAGGAGGGAUGAUUCUAGUUUAUGUAAGAUUUAUCUUUCAACGUAUUUUUUGGAGUUAUUCUCACAAUGUCCAUUCAUCUAGCUCCCAUGCUCUGAGUACCAUGACAUUAAUAAAUAUUCUAAUACCCUUUUAGUCACUCUGUCUUC